GAGAGAGAGAGAGAGAGAGAGAGAGAAGGUGGAGGCAAAAGACAAGCCUUCUUCUCCUUAGUAAGACAAGUGAGCAGUAUACCUCGAGCGCUCCAAAAUCAGCACAACCCUUGACUGACACACACUCGUGCGUGCACACCCACACCCAGCACGUUUGAGGCUGUGGAAUGCGCCUGCUGUGGCGGAGACUGACAGGGCAGGCAGCCAGCAUUGAGUCACAGCACUGCGCUUUCUAUAGAGGAACGCCGGCUGCGCCCUGGAAAGACAUACAGAAAGCUUAGCACAUACAAAACACCCGUGAAUGCUGCGGACAUAACACAGAUACCUCCACACCCAAGGAUUAAUGAGUGAUGCACCAGUGAUUGCAUGCAAACUGGAACCGGGGCUGUCAUCUCUGCACUGGAUGAUGGAUGCUCCUUGUCCUGGAUGGUAGGCACUGAGGGACAUUUCAACAAGCUUGUGUAUACGGUGAGUGAGUGAGUGUGUGUGUGUCAGGAUGGCAGCAUGGAUCUGGACCCUUGUACUUUGUGUGGCACUGUGGAGAGAGUCUUCUGUACAUGGAGCAAAGAACAACUAUCCCAGAUUACGUCUGUCCCAUAAAGAGCUGUGGGAGCUGAACAGGACAUGGGUGUUCCAGGCGGCUGAAGGGAGUCUGCAGCACUUCAGUAUGCUGCUGGAUGAGACUCAGGAGAGGCUGAUUAUUGGAGGGAAAGACACACUGUACUCUCUUAAUGUGGAUAGAGUCAGUGAGCCUCAUAAAGAGAUUCACUGGGGUAGCUCUGAGGAGCAGGUGGAGGACUGUCUCAUGCAAGGCAGGGAGAAGCCGGAGUGCGCUAACUACAUCAAGCUGAUCCAGCCGUAUAACAGCACUCACCUGUUAGCAUGCGGGACUGGAGCCUUCAGCCCGAUGUGCGCCUACAUCAGAGUCGGCCAUGGAGCAGAGGAAGGAAUGUUUCAGCUGGAGUCAGAGCACAUUGAGAGUGGCAGAGGGAGAUCCCCGUUUCAUCCCAACAGCCCCACAACGUCCACAGUGUCCAGAGGUCAACUGUUCGUAGGGCUAUACACUGAUUACUGGGAGAACGAUGCAGCACUGUAUCGCCUCAGCAGCCAGAGCUACACCAGGACAGAAGUAGGAGACAGACAGCAGCUAAAUGAGCCCAAGUUUGUUGGUUCUGUGGUGAUCCCUGAUAAUGAUGACCCUGCUGAUGACAAAGUUUACUUCUUCUUCACUGAGAAAGUGUCCACCACUGAAGCCAGAAAUAAGGCAGUCUACAGCAGGGUGGCCCGUGUAUGUGCUAAUGAUCAGGGUGGUCAGAGGAUGUUGGUGAAUAAGUGGAGCUCUUUCCUCAAGGCUCGUUUGAUCUGCUCAGUGGCAGGACCCAAUGGCAUCGACACGCACUUUGAUGAGCUGGAGGAUAUCUUUGUGCUGAAGAGGAAGGAUGCGAAGAAUCCUGAGAUCUUUGGUCUAUUCAGCACAACCAGUGCGGUGUUUAAAGGUUACGCAGUGUGCCAGUAUAACAUGGAGGAGAUCCGAGCUGUAUUUAAUGGUCCUUUUGCACAUCGAGAGCACACUGACCACCACUGGGGUGUGUAUGAGGGGAAGGUUCCAUACCCUCGCCCUGGAUCUUGUGCCAGUAAGAUUAAUGGUGGUCAGUUCUCCAGUUCUAAGGGGUAUCCGGAUGAGGUUCUGCGUUUUGUGCGUUCCCAUCCCCUCAUGUUCCAGCCAGUGCAGCCGGUCCAUAGGAGGCCCAUCCUGCUGGAUACAGAUGGUGGACGCAGGCUCACUGAGAUCGCCGUGGACAGAGUGGAGGCUGAGGAUGGACAUUAUAACGUCCUGUUCAUUGGGACAGAUGAUUCCGCCGUGUUAAAAUUGAUCACCAUUUUCAACAAAGAGGCCAACACGAUUGAGGAGGUGCUUCUGGAGGAGCUACAAGUGUUCAAGGUUCCAGUACCUGUUACAGAAAUCAUCAUCUCAAAUAAAAGGCAACAUCUGUAUGUGGGCUCGGAGUUGGGAGUGACGCAGGUUCGAGUGCACCAGUGUGGUCUGUAUGGCUCAGCCUGUGCCGACUGCUGCCUAGCCAGAGACCCAUACUGUGCCUGGGAUGGACACACCUGCUCCAGAUAUAUACCUGCUGGCAUUUACACACACAAGAGGCGAUUCAGAAGGCAGGAUGUCCGUCAUGGCAACGCAGUGCAGCAGUGUAAUGGUCUCCAGCUGAAUGAGGCUCAGCAUGUAUCAGAGAAAUUAGUGUAUGGAGUGGAAAACAACAGCACUCUGUUAGAGUGUCGAGCUCGAUCCCUACAGGCUUUACUCACAUGGUACAUGGUGAAAGGAGCAGACAUGGAAGAGAUUAAAGGUGAUGAUCAUAUUAUUCAGACACCUCAUGGCUUGUUAUUUCUGACUACCAAGAAGUCUGACACUGGUGUGUACCUGUGCCAGUCCGUGGAGCAUGGCUUUGUCCAGACCAUCGCCAGGGUGAUGCUAGAGGUUUUGGAAGAGGACAGACUGGAGAGCCUGUUCCACAGAAGGGACUAUGACGAGAGCGGGGCCCAACAGCGUUCUUCCCCUUGCCCGUUCCCAAGCCUCCCAUCUGCCCCUUUGUCCAGAAAGCUCUGGUAUAAAGACUUCAUGCAGCUGAUUGGUUACAGUAACUUCCAGCGGGUGGAGCAGUACUGCGAGAGGGUGUGGUGCGCAUCCGACAGGAAGAGGAAGAAGCUCAAAGGCACGCCGGCCAAGUGGCGAUAUUCCCAUGGGGGUGAACGGCGUGGGAAAGCUCGGGCACCCAGACACACAUGGGACUAGUAAAGAAUCCAUUCUACCCUGAACUGAACAGACAGACCACUGGGUUGUGUUCAUACAUCCAGAUAACAUUCAGACUUAUUUUGCCCAUUAUUGCGUAAGAUUAAAUCAAAGAUUGAACCAAAUCACGUUUGAGUUUUAGUAGUAUCACCUAGAAACGUACCUCCAGACACAAUUGGAUCCUGUUUUUGUGCUAUUCAGUGUCAAUUAGUUUUUUCCGACUAAAACAAAAUACUUAAAGUGACACAGGUCGAUGUGCUGGUUCAGGAAUCAUUUAAUCCACUACCCUUUUUGAAUUGUCAGAGCUGAUACCCAUCCCCAUAGCUGGUACGCAUCAUCUUGUUUCAAUACAUUUUAUUUCCUAAUGCGGAGCAUCCUAACCACAUGGUAGUCUGUUUACAAACCGCUCACUCAGCAGCCAGUUUGGAAAAGUCACAUGAGGUCAUGCACGGGUCAGAGGAGCCACAGCAAACAUGGUGGAUCGCCCAAAUCGAAUGAAGACUCCUAAAUCGAGACAAAAAAACAACGAUUUUAAGGAAGCAUCUGACAUUGUCAGAGGCAAAACGUGCCAAAAAAGAGAGGGACAAAACACAGCAGACAAGCUGAGUAAAUAUUGCUGGCUCUCUAGUGCUCGCUUCUGCAUCGGAGGCCACCGAUUCCACCAUGUUUGUUGCGACCUCGCUCAUUAUAAUAUUAUAAUGAGGAUAAACUUCAGUCGUUUCCGUACCCAAGUAUAAAUAUUAGCACGCAGUGUUUUUCCAGGUCAUUCUCCUUCACAAGCAUGAGGCAGCGAGCAAUACAGCAUGUGAUUCAAGUACCUAGGGGUUAUUCUAGAGCCACAGGGUACUAGUCAUCUUUUUAAUACAUCGACCUGUGUCACUUUAAUGUGUGUGUCUGGAGAUCUGGUCUUCAGUGUUUGGUUUGGAAUGUACUUAAUGAUAGAAGAUGUAGAAUUCAUGUAUAUAUGUAACUGUGCUUGAUGGUAAAGCUCGUUUUGAACAUUACAGUCAUAAGCUGAUGAUGGAUUUCAAGAUACGGGAACUUGUCGAGGUGAUAUUUUGAACAGAGACUCCCAAAAUGAAAUGCAGUGACCUCACUGGUUCCUGUCACACACUCACAAACAUGGGCGUGCAGUGUGCUUCCAUUUCCAAUGGCAUGUGCUCUCAUGUGAGGAGCAACUGAAUAACUUUUCCUUGGGUUACAGCCAAAAAUUUUGAUUCACCAAUGAUUACUUCCUCCUGAAUAAGAUGACUCAUCACUCGGAAAAUAGUUAACACUGUUCAUUCUCAGAUUCUCUGCGCACAAAGGCAGGCAACGUUUUCUGCACAUACUUUAUGUAUUUAUCACUUGUAUUUUAUAUUAAAUUAUUGUAGUUGGUGUUUGGUAGUGGUUUAGAUGUGCCCAUUAGUUUGAACUGGAGAUAUGUUACUGUUUGUGUUUAGUGUUUAUAGUUUUUUUUUUUUAGAUCACUCAUGUGUAAUUACCAUUCUUAAUGAUCCAUUUAUACACAUUGUUUCUGAAUGACCCAUUGAACUCAAAGACUGUUUCCAGCAUCACGAAUCAUGUUAGGAUUCUAUACUUAUGUAAAUGUAUGUCCUGUAUAAAAUGGAGGUGAGUACCAACAUAGAAGUCCUUCUUAUUUUCAUGUAGGUUACUCUAAUA